GAGAGAGAGAACGACAAAUCACAAAAAAAAAAAAGGGUAAGUAGUUAACCCAACCUGCUUGGGAGUCCUUCUCUUCCUCGUUAUCAUUACGUCUCUCCCACACCACACAUACACACACAAUAUUUUUGAAGAAGCUGAGAGAGACACACCAAUUGUCAAUUGACGCCUAAUGCAUCGACUGCUGCUGCUGGAUUCCCACGGCGGUAGCGAGACGAGCAGCAGCGGCGGAGAUGGGUACCUGAGGGACAUGAACUUCGACGCAAACAUGGUGAUCAUACUCGCCGCUCUUCUCUGCGCUUUGAUACUAGCGCUCGGUCUGAAUUCUAUCCUCCGGUGCGCCAUGGGAUGCGGUUUCGGGUUAUCAUCAUCUGGGGCGACGACGAUGGCCGCCGACAGAACUGGACUAAAGAAGCGAGAGCUGAACAAGUUUCCUGUAGCUGCGUACGGGUCUAGCCUUGUGAAUAUAGCGGCUACGGAGUGCGCCAUCUGUUUGGGUGAAUUCUCCGACGGCGAGAGAGUCCGUGUUCUGCCCCCGUGUAAUCACAGCUUCCACAUGUCUUGCAUCGACACCUGGCUUGUCUCUCACUCUUCCUGUCCUAAUUGUCGCCAUUCACUCAUCCCUGCAUAAAAUGAUUGGUGGUGGUUACGUUACUCCACUACUACUACUACUACUAGUAAUUAAGUAGUAACUCCUCCAUCACUAAUUACUAGUAAAACUAGCCCUAGUAGAGUUAAAUAAACACACACUUCAUUAUUAUUCCUAAUUUUGGUAGCUUAUUAUUGUUGUUAGUACUUUAGUGCUAGUCAGUCUUCUUCUUCACUUGUUGUUGUAGUAAAUUAGUAAAUCAGAUACUUGCUGUUGUUAGUAGCGUUUUGUUUAUGCGUUGUUUUAAAUAUUUUUAAAGAUUCGAAACCCGAACGAAUGAGGCCCACCUUGUUUGGGUCUAUUCAAGUAUUCAAAAAGCCCAUCUUGUUUUUUUUUUUUUUUUUUUUUGUUAUUGUUGUUUUUGUGUAUGUGUCGGUCGCCCUAAUCGACGAGUGAGUGAGUGAGUGAGUGUCUAGUGAUGAUGAUGGGUGGUGGUGAGUCUGAAAAGCAGAGGUCGGUGGUGCUGUGGAAGCUUAAAGUUUGUGUGAGAGCCGAACGUUUCAGUUUGAAGCUCAAUCUACGGAACAGGCUCUCUUCUUGGAAGCUUCACCGGUUCUCAUUCGUCCUAAGAUUCCAAAAUCAUCAUCUCAAAGUGGAUUCUCAAUCCAAACCCGAUCGCGUCAGAUUCAUCCGGAGUCUUGCUAUCUUCCGUAGGCGGAGGCGGAGAGAAGCUGUGGAUGCCAAGAAGCUCAUGGAAUUGAUUUGGAACGGAGCGGUGGUAGUGGCAAAGAAAGCAAGAGGCGUGGGUGCCGCCGUAACUCUGUUCAUCAUCGUUGCCAAUUAUCUAAUGCCAUGGAUCAAGUUGAGCACCGAACCGUUCCAAUUAUAUUAGGUUAUGCUUUGGUUUGGUAUUAACUAAGUAAAAAAAGGCAUUUCAAUGAAUUGUUUGUUCCACCGAAAUAAAUUCAAGACCGGAGAGAAGCCAAACAAUGCAUUUUUGGUUGGCUAAACAGAAAUAAAUAGCUGUUUGGGUGUGUAAAUCAUCCCCUGUUAUGUUAUAUGCUUGUGGGAUUUAUUCAGUGUUAUCUCUUGUUUUGUUUUAAUAAUUAAUGCCUUCAAACU